AUGGGUCCCGUAAAAAAGAACCUCAAGGCGACCAAGAAAUUCGAAAAGAACCACCUUAAGGGCGUUUUGGACAAGAGAAAGGCUGUUGCCAAGAUCAAGCAACGACAGCAGGUCAAAGAUAAAAAACAAACCCGACGAGCAAAGGACGCCGAGUUUUUCAAAGGCACUGACGAUGGAUCCACUCCGGACAAGAGGUCGAAUGGCGGCAAGGGAAAGCAGAGCGGCGAGAUGAGCGUCGACGACUUUUUCCAGGGCGGAUUCGACGAGAUUAUUGACAGCAAGGAGAACAAAGCUGGCAAACUUGGCAAGCGCAAGAGAAGCGAGCCCAAGGAUGACGAAGAAAUGAGCGAUGGAAGCGGCUCCGGUGUAGAUAUCAGUGGACCGCCAGCGGCUAGUGAAAGCGAGGACGGCAGCGAGGAUGACGAAGAUGGCGGUAUGAGCAAAGAGACCAUGGAUAAGCUAGCCGAGAAGGAUCCUGAGUUUUACAAAUUCUUGAAAGAUAACGAUCCGGAAGCAUUGGAUUUUGACGACGACGCGGACUUAGCAGAGGUUGAUGAACUCAGCGCCGGCGAGGAUGAACACGAGGACGAGCAACCCAAGAAGAAGCAAAAGAAGGCCAAGGCCGCUGCAGAACAGGACCGAAAAGACGAAGAGCCUUCCCAGAGCAAUGAGCUGACUAAAUCCACUGUUGCUAGCUGGCGAAAAGCCAUGGAGGAAAAGAACUCACUGAGAGCAGCUAGACAAGUGGUCCUUGCAUUCCGAUGCGCCGCUCACUUGAAUGAAGACGAGAAUGAUGAGGGCGAAACGCAGCAGCGAUGGGUGAUCAACAGCCCCGAAGUCUACAAUGACAUUUUGGUCCUGGCAUUGAAACAGAUUCCUGUGGUCAUGAACCACCACCUGCCCAUCAAGGAGUCUGCCUCUGGGAGAGCAUACGCGCAGAUCGAGACCAAGAAGUUCAAAACAUUGUCAAUUCUGCUCAAGUCCUACACCUCUUCCAUCAUGUACCUCCUCGGUACACUGUCCGAUGACAAGACUCUCAAGCUGACCCUCUCAUCCUUGACACCCAUUCUUCCGUACCUCCUCUCAUUCAAAAAACUUGUCAAGGCCCUAUCCAAAGCUGUUGUCAACUUCUGGGCCCAGCCGGCCAGUUCAGAAACCACCCGAAUCACAGCUUUCCUGGUCCUCCGCAGGCUCGUCGUAAUCGGUGACAAGGGCAUUCGUGAAAUGGUCCUCAAAGCAACAUACCAGGGGCUUGUCCAAGGCAGCCGCGUCACCAAUCACAACACCAUCGAGGGCAUCAAUUUGAUGAAGAACUCGGCCGCCGAGCUCUGGGGCAUCGACCCAGCGGUUGGAUACACCACGGCCUUCACAUUCAUCCGCCAACUCGCCAUCCACCUCCGCAACAGCAUCGUCAACAACAAGAAUGACUCCUUCCGCAUGGUGUACAACUGGCAGUUUACGCACUCGCUCGACUUCUGGUCUUGCGUCCUGGCCGAGCACUGCUCGCCGCUCAAGGAAGCCGAGGCCGGCAAGGAAAACCAGCUCAAGCUCCUCAUCUACCCCCUCGUCCAGGUCACGCUCGGCGCCAUGCGUCUCAUCCCCACGGCCAUCUACUUCCCGCUCCGCUUCCACCUUAUUCGCUCGCUGCUGCGCACCUCCCGCGCAACAGGGACCUACAUCCCGCUCGCCUCCCCGAUCCUCGAGGUCCUCUCCUCGGCUGAGAUGAAAAAGGCGCCCAAGGCAACCACCCUCAAAGCCUUCGACUUUGCCGUCGCCUACAAAGCACCCAAGUCGUAUCUCCGCACCCGCAUCUACCAAGACAACGUGGGCGAACAGAUUGCUGAGCUGCUCAGCGAAUUCUUCCUCCUGUGGUCCAAGUCCAUUGCCUUCCCGGAACUAGCGCUCCCCGUCAUUAUCCAGCUGAAGCGGUGGCUGAAGCAGGCCCGCUCAAGGAACCAGGGCAAUAAGAACGCAAAGCUUGUUUCCCAACUAGUCACUCUCGUACAGAAGCUGGAGGCGAAUGCAAAGUUCAUUGAGGAGCGCCGCGCCAAAGUAGACUUUGCGCCCAAGGACCGCGCGCAGGUGGAUGCGUUUUUGAAGGAUUUGGAUGUGGCCAAGACGCCGCUGGGGGCAUAUGUCGUGAACCAGAGAAAGGCACGCGAGGAGAAGAACAGGAUGUUGGAGGAGGCGAGGAAGGAGGAGGACAGAAAGAGGAGAGAGGACGAGAAAGGCGUCGUUGAGGAUGAGAGCGACGAUGAAAUGGAGGUUGAUGGUGAAGACGAGACCGACGAGGAAGACGACAAUGACGCGGUUGAGCUGGAAGACGACGAUGAAGACAGCGAGUAA